CCCCCCUGUAUUUUCAGCAAAACGGCUCUUUUUCGUGAGGCCAAUAGAAGCUGCUUCAAGCUGGGCAGAAUUUCAAAAGUUAUGGCUACGGGUGUCUCCACCACCACCCAAAACUACCCGUUUGGAAAAAUUUUCUCUUCUUCCUCAUGGCUAUCUCGUUUUCGUGCCCGCUCUUUGUUUUCUUCUCACAGGUCUUUCUAUGUGGUGGCUCAUUCAACGCCAUCCCAUAAACGAGGAGUCCGCAAAAUACAGAGUUCCCAAUGUACUGAUCCAACUUCUAAAAAUUCACAUACCAUUCACAAACCCUGGGGGUCUUAUGGGUUGAUCCUCGUACUAAGUUACCAAAGGAUGGUGCCCCGAACUCUUAACAACCAUCAUGAGAAAUUAGAUGAAGCAGUUAUUCAAGUUUCUGGUAACAAUAAGAGGCAAAAAAUUUUUGGCACUAUUGCUUCCCAACCAAAAAUUUGUAGUCCUGAAAAGGGAUGGGAGCAAGAAACAACAAUGAUGAGGAAGGAGAAGGAAGAAAUUCAGCUAGCACUGGAUAAAUAUAUGCCAUGUUCAGGGAAGGGGUCUGAUCCAAUUAGCAUAUAUGUUGAUGGCACCUGCACCACGAAUACAAAAGCACCAGCUCCUGAAAAUGUUUCUGGGCAUCAGUCUGCUCCCUUCUUUGAAAUAAAGCAUAAAAAUAACAGUAAUAUAGAUGUGAAAGAACCUAAUUAUGUUGAACAGAAAACAUAUAAGGACAUAAUAGAAAAUAUUGGAUCUCUUGGUCCUUUUCCUAGACAGAUGUUGGGCAAAGGGCAAGGAACAGAAUCCAAUGUCAAUGGGAAGGUAGGUAUUUAUGCAGAUCCAGAGAAUUCUAGGAGUGAAACAUCAACCGCAAGUCCUGAUGCUAAAGAUGAAAGUAAAAUUGCUAAGAAGGAAAAAGAUGCAAGACAGCUUAUUCAGGAGAAGCUGAGUAGCAUCUAUAGUACAGUUCAUGUUGUUGAUAACAUAUCUGAUGCGAAGGAAGUAGUUAAGAUGUUGACCGGGCAAUUCAGAAAUCUUGUACAUGCAUGUGAUACUGAGGUUUCCAAAAUUGAUGUUAAGCAAGAAACCCCUGUCAACCAUGGAGAACUAAUAUGCUUCAGUAUUUAUUCUGGACCGAAAGCAGAUUUUGGAAAUGGGAAAUCCUGCAUCUGGGUAGAUGUUCUUGAUGGAGGUGGAAGAAAUCUUUUGAAUGAAUUUGCUCCUUUCUUUGAAGACCCAUCCAUCAAGAAGGUUUGGCAUAACUACAGCUUUGAUAACCACAUUCUUGAGAACUAUGGAAUUAAGAUGUCUGGCUUUCAUGCUGACACAAUGCACAUGGCACGGUUAUGGGAUUCGUCAAGACGGAUGGAAGGUGGGUAUUCACUUGAAGCACUAACUGGUGACGCAACAGUUAUGUCAAAAACUGAAAUGGCUGGCGGAACUGAAUUGAUUGGUAAAAUAUCCAUGAAAACCAUUUUUGGCAAGAAAAAGUUAAAAAAAGAUGGAUCUGAAGGCAAACUAAUCACUAUUGCUCCUGUUGAGGAACUACAGCGAGAAGAACGAAUAUCUUGGAUAUCAUAUUCUGCCUCAGAUGCAAUAAACACAUUAGAGCUUUAUGACAGCUUGAAGGGAAAACUUUCAUCUAUAUCAUGGAAUGUUAAUGGAAAUAGAUGUCCUGGAGAGCAUAUGUUUAACUUCUAUGAGAAACAUUGGCGACCAUUUGGUGAGCUUCUAGUUAGAAUGGAAGCUGAGGGGAUGCUGGUAGAUCGGAAAUAUCUUGCUGAGGUGGAGAAGAUAGCUAAAGCAGAGCAGGAGAUUGCUGCUAACCGGUUUCGAAGUUGGGCAUCUAAAUACUGCCCUGAUGCCAAUUUCAAAGUUCCCAAUAUGACCAAGUGGUUGAAAGGCAAGAAAACAGCCGGAAAAUAUCGAAGUAUCAAGCUACAUGGUCUUGAUGUUAAGUUAGAUACUGACAUGUAUACGGCUUCCGGUUGGCCCUCAGUUAGUGGAGAUGCUUUGAAGGUCUUGGCUGGGAAGGUUUCUGCUGAAUAUGAUUUCAUAGAUGAUGCCUGUGACCCACCCCUUAACAAUUCUCCCGAAACAAGUGAACUAAACACAUCUUCUUAUGGGACUGCUUUUAAAGCAUUUGGAGAGGGCAAGAAGGGGAGGGAAGCUUGCCAUGCAAUUGCUUCAUUAUGUGAAGUUUGCUCAAUCGAUUCUUUGAUUUCAAAUUUCAUCCUUCCUUUGCAGGGAACUAAUGUGUCAGGCAAGAAUGGGCAUGUUCAUUGUUCACUGAAUAUCAACACAGAAACUGGGCGCUUAUCAGCUAGGAGACCCAAUUUGCAGAAUCAGCCAGCUUUGGAGAAAGACCGGUACAAGAUCCGUCAGGCAUUUAUAGCUUCACCUGGAAAUUCUCUCAUCGUUGCUGAUUACGGACAGCUGGAACUCAGGCUUCUUGCACAUCUGGCUAAUUGUAAGAGUAUGUUGGAUGCCUUUAAAGCUGGUGGAGAUUUCCAUUCAAGGACGGCAAUGAAUAUGUAUCCACAUAUUUGUGAAGCCAUCAGAAAAGAGCAAGUGCUCCUUGAGUGGCAUCCUCAACCUGGUGAAGAGAAACCCCCGGUUCCAUUAUUAAAGGAUGCAUAUGCUUCAGAAAGAAGAAAAGCCAAAAUGCUGAACUUUUCCAUUGCAUAUGGAAAAACGCCUAUAGGGCUUUCUCGUGAUUGGAAGGUUUCUGUGGAAGAAGCACAACAAACAGUUGAUCUCUGGUAUAAGGAAAGACAAGAAGUACUUAAAUGGCAAGAAGCUCGUAAGGAAGAAGCUCGAACUAAAGGACAAGUUUUUACAUUGCUGGGACGGACUCGUCGGUUUCCAAAUGGUCGUAUGUCGCGAGCCCAAAGGCGUCACAUCGAACGUGCUGCCAUCAAUACCCCAGUGCAGGGAAGUGCCGCUGAUGUUGCAAUGUGUGCAAUGUUAGAAAUAUCAAAGAAUGCUCAAUUGAAGGAACUUGGAUGGAAGCUGCUUUUACAGGUUCAUGAUGAAGUGAUCUUAGAAGGGCCAAGUGAGUCAGCUGAGAUUGCCAAGGACAUAGUUGUGGAGUGCAUGUCUAAACCCUUUGACGGAGAGAAUAUUCUUAGAGUUGGCCUAUCCGUUGAUGCAAAAUGUGCACAGAACUGGUAUGCUGCCAAGUAGGUUCCAGCUUCCCUUGCUUCCGAUGGAGAUGGGUUAUGUCCAACAGCUUCAUUUUGGGAGACUAGACUUUUUCGAAGUGAGGAAAGAGUUUCUGGCAGCAGCACUGAUUCUCUAAUAAGCUGAGAGGAAAAUGCACCAGUUCUUUUAAGGUCCUUUCCUCAGGAAUUCAUGUUUUUGGGACUGUGACAGGUUUUCUGCCUUUCCGGAUGGCCAGUUUUGUGGCAGUCUAGGUUUUCGAAAAGAUGAAGGUAGACCAAGCGUGGUCAGAUGAACAAGUAGGUGGUUUGCCAUUCAUAUAAUCAAGUGGAAGAUUAUAUGAUAGAUUUAGUACCUGCAUAUAAGAAUUUGUGGGGCAUUUCCAUUGUUUAUUGUGUUCAUAAUUGUAUGAAAAGUGGUGAUGGUAAGUUGUGUCGUCUUUGUUUAUUUGGCACUGAUGAAUAUCUAACUUGAUUUUCUUACCAUGUAAGGUUCUUUUGUAUAUUGUUUCAGAUGUUUUGUUUUUGGGGUAAAUCACUGUUUAAAUUCCUAA